UACCGUCUAAUUUCUCCUUGUAGCCGCCUCUCUUUCCCUCUCGAUCCUAUUUUUAGGCGUUUGGAUUGGGGUUCGGUUUUCUAUCUUUCGCCAUUUCUAAACCGAUUUCGAGAUACUUAACGACGGUCCUCCUCUUCGCCAUCGCCCGGAAUCGCCCGAUCCCGCUUGGGCUUCGGAGAGAGAAAAGAAAUGGAGGCCUCCUACCUCUGACCUCCGCCUCUUCCCACCCGCCUCCGAUAUCCUCUGAGAAACCGCAUCUCACGCUUCAAUUCUUGAAGAAGAGGAGAAAAGAGGGAAAAAAGGUGAAAUUUUUUAUCGAGGAGGCGGGAAAAGGCGGAAAUUUUUUGAUCGAGGAGACGGGAAAAGGAGAGAUUUUUAAUCGGAGCGACGUAGAAAGGUGCGAUUUUUGUUCGACCGAGGGAUCUUGGGUCGAUCGUGGUGCUGCGAUAAAAGAGAGGGGAAGCGAUGGAACCGAAGCUGGUCGCCCAACGGUCCCUGCCCUCCAACAUGCCGAGCACGCCGACGCCGAUGUCGUCGGCAUCGGCGACCCCUUUCCCGGCCUCCUCUGCCGUCACCCCCUCCCUGUCCCUCGGCCGCCGGCAGCCGCUCAUCCCCAAGGAGCCGGUGAAGCCCGCAGACCGGUUCGCGGAGGCGGCCGGCGCCACCGCGGCCGAGUGCGCGGCCAUCUGCUGCUGCUGCCCCUGCGGCAUCCUCAACCUCGUCGUGGUGGCGACGUUGAAACUCCCGGCGGGGCUCCUCCGCCGGGCAUUGAGCCGGCGGAGGAAGCGCGGCGUCAGCGUCGGCGCCGCCAGGAAGAAGGCCGGACCGAAAGUGGGCGCCAUGGACGACGACGACGACUUCAGCAUUCAUGGCGGGCACCUCCUGCUCUUGGCCAGGGGGGACGACGCGUGGCCGAGCAGGUCGCCGUCGCCGGAGCUGUCGGAGCUCGAGAAGGAGAUGUGGGCCCUGUUCUACAGCGCAGGGUUCUGGCGGAGCCCGUCCCAGAGGGAGGAGGUGGUAAUAAAAAUCUGAACCUUUCUCUGUGUCCGUGGUAAAAGGAGCAGGGGAAAGAGGACGAAGGUGGGAUCUUUCAAACUGUCGUUGGGCUUCAGCGUUCAAAGCAAAGGGAGAUUUGAUUUCAUUAUUAAAAAAUAUUUUUUUUAUAUUUUGUGGGGAGCAGUUGGGCAAAUGAUAUUGAUAUGAUGACGAUGAUGAUGGAGUUUAAUGUUUCAUUGCAUGAAGAAAAAGGAAUGGAUUUGGUUUGAAGGUCUAGUACUGCAUAAAAAAAUAAUAUAUAUUUAUAUUUAAUAAUAAUAGGAGCAUGGUACUUUAUAGUAUAAUAAUGUUCGGAUAAGGAUGUCUGGAGCGUGACUCGUUCUCUUCUUUUGUUCUGCCGUGGCGUCUUUUCUCUCUCUUUGGGGUGUUCAGACAAUUGUUUAUCUUGCUAGGAUUGAUGGUAAAACACUUUGGAUUUGCUCUCCUCAGUGUUCUGAUCAUUAUUGAUGUGGUAUGGGCAGAGUAGCAGGAAUUUCUCUUUUUCUCUUUUUUUUUCUUUUUUUUUUUUUUUUUGUUUCUGGGAGUAGCAGGAAUUUUAGGAUUAAUUUGGAGGCUUGCCGAGUCUCAUGUUGUGUACAUGUUAGACUUUUGGGAUUUAAAGGAGGUGCUUCUACAAUAACAAAUCAAGUCUCUAAGUAGAUCAAGUCAGAUUUUGAAGUGGUUUUGUUCUCCUUCAGGGUGGGUGUCAAAUAUAUUAAGAUUUGUAUUACUAAGUUACUGAUUCAGGAGCAUUUUGUUGGCAAGAAGAAUAGCUAUGCAGUUGAUUCAAAUAUUGAAUUCUAGGUCUGAGAAAUAUAAUUAACUUCUUGUUCCACA